UCUCUGUCUUCUCCGUCUGUGUUUCAGAUCCAGAGGGACAGAGACGUCUUCUCACCUGCUCAGCCCUGCCCUGAACCCAGCUCGCCCACAUGUACAGACGUCCUCCCAGAGACAGACGAGUGUGUGUCGCUCUGUUUGACACACCAAGACAGUCUGAAGGUCCAUCCUGAGCCGGGUGACUGUGUCUUUAAAAAGCCUGCAGACCCUCCCCCCGUGGAGGGGUGUGUGUCUCCUGGUCCUCCACAGAUGAAGCCUAUCCUGGUGAGGACCCUCUGGACCCAGCGGCCCCUCGGACCUCCAGGCUGUCCUGGAAGUCUGAAACAGAGGACCGAGGACGAGGAGAAGAAGAGGACCAGCUUACAGAGAAUCCCGUCUCCUCAACCGUCAUGCGAGCGUCCGUCCGCUCUCUCUCUCCACUCCGACGUCACAGCUGGGAGCCGGCCGCCGCGGAGAGUGACAUCACAGCCAGCAGCCUUCUGAAGAGCCAAUCAGGAGAGAGCAAGAGAGCCAAGAACCCCCUGCACAGGAGAAGCAUGAGCUGGUGUCCAUCCAACCUGCAUCUCCCUGAUCCUCUGCAGCAGCACAUAGACAACAGGAGCUACAGUCUGGAGGGUCUGGAGGAGAGGGGGAUGCUGCAGACUCAAUUUCCCAGCAUCCUCUCUGAUCAGCAGGAGAGAGAGUUCAGGAGGAGAGAAGAGAGAGGUUCGCUGCUGUCCCUCACUGAGGAGGAGCAGGAAGGAGACGCCUGCAGCCUCCACAGCCAGUCGUCACAUCAGGUGCUGUCAGUGACCAACAGCUGUCCUGCCAUGUUUCACCACCAAACCCUCACCAAAUCCAUCUCCAUGGUAACCAUCAGAGACAUAGGUG